AUGUGGAGAGGGGAAAAUGACAUAAUUGAAGCAUUAUGUGAAUACAGAGUAGGCACUGGUGAAGACAUAAAGCUGGACAUGAAGGAUAAAGCUGUGUGUGCGUAUAUUAUAAAAGCCCUAUACUUUAAGCAUAACAUUAGAAUAGACAGUAUGAGUUUGGGUACCAAUGAUACAAGGCGUAUGAAGCACGAAGAUGAGUUAUAUAUAAGGUGCAUGAUAGUAAAUGCAUAUAUAUUAAGUUUACUGGGUAAGCCCUGUUUAGAGACGGCAGGGGCGAAACAAGCAUUCGACGCUGUAGAGAGCCAACUGGAUACACUUUGGAUAGGACACAGGAAUACGCAAUGUGAUAGCAUAGAUUCCCAGAACACGCAAGUAAGAACGGACAAUGUGGAACAAACAAUGAGCAGAUGGAUGGAUUAUAAUCAAUUAACUGAGCGACACAUAGGUCCUGGAAUAUUGGGCAACAACUGCACAGAAUGGGAUAUGAAGGAUAAGGGGGGAGGAGAUAGUGUGAGUACGAUCCAGAAAGAAGUAAUGAAGCAAAUAAUGGGAGGAAAUGUAGGAGCAGGGGAAAAAGUGCAGACUGGGUUGGCAGAUGAGUCAUCUAAGGGGAAGGCACCCGUCCUGAAGACCGUCAUGAAAACUGGACCAGGGGAAACAGAAUUACACGGGGGAAAGAACCAAAAGGAAGAAAUAGAUGGAGACGGGGCCAUAACUCAUGAGUCAAUAUUGAAAUAUAUUCUGGGGGUCAUGGAACCAACGUUAAGUAGCUUCAUAGACUAUAUGGGCAAGAAUGAAGACAAUUUCAGUAUGUAUGGUGCAAAUUGUGGGAAUAUAGGUUGGAAUUAUAAGGACCAGGAGCAGGGGAAGGUGUACAUAGGACAUUCAGUAGCGGACGUCAUGCAGUGUACGCUUAUGACUGGAGCCUUAUUCUUCGUGGAAGGUUGGCACACAGGAAUAGAACCGGAAGAGAAGGAUAAAUUGAAGAGAAGCGCGCUAGAGAAGGAAUUGAGAUGUAUGGUAAGUAAUAUUUUUACUAAAAUAUUGAAGAAAAUUGGAUGCAGAAACCAAAAUAAGGGAAUGAAGUACGCAUGGAGAGCUGUGGAAAAUAUGAAAGGAAAAGAAAAAGGUGGAUGGGAGGAUCUACCUAUUAGGAAGAAGAAGUGUAUAAGACUAAAGAGGAGAAAGAAAACAGGAAUAGAAAAAGAAGUAUGGAGAAAAAUUAAGGCAGGCAUGUACAGUAAUAUGGACGUGAGCGCGAUAGAGCGGAAAAUAAAAGAGAAAAAUUACUGUAAUAUAAAGUGGGAGGAUUACAGGAAACGGAAAAAGGGAGAAAAUAUUGACGACGUGGACCAUGGGCAUUUAGUCGAAGAAAUUUUAAGGAAUGAUGACAUUGUGAAGGAAGUGAAGAAGGUAAUGGAGAAAGUGAGGGAUGGCGCAAAAAGAGUAAUAGAUAAAGACAAGGAGGACGUGACCUCCAGCACUAAUGAGGACAGGAGCGCAGACACCAUACACAAAGAAGAACCGGACUCCCAUGAGGACGCUGAGGACGGAAAGGAGGAGGAGGAGGACGACUCAUCGGACGAAGAGGAUGAGGAGAAGGGCAGGGAAAAGGAGGAGAAAGAUACUGAAUCGAAAGAACUUGCAACAGUAGCAGAAACAGCUACAUCGGGAGAAGCAACAGGAGGAACAGACAUAGGAAGUGAGAAAGCAGCAUCCCCAGAACCACGACCGGAACCUACAGCAACAACCCCAAUAACAACAUCGGAACGAACAGAAGAGAGACCACGUAGUGCAAUGGGUCCAUAUGAUGCCCAUGGUGCUACUGUUGGGGAACCUGAAAAUGAAAUUCCAGGUAACGUGACAUCCACGAUCAUUAAUCCCGAAGAACCAAAAAGGGAAAAGGAUGAUUCUGCCCCAGGGAGAAGCGAAGAUAAGAGUUCAUCGGAAGUAAAGGAUACAGUUAUUGUACAAGAGGAUGAGGAAACCAGGCAUCCCCCUGCUAAAGGACAUCAGCCCGCAGAGAAUGGUGACCCCGGGAAGCAUCUAGGCGGCGAUGUUGUCGUCGAUGGAAGAAACGAUGACCCCCCUCCUCUCAAUCCACCCAAACCAAAACCGAACCCCAACCCAGAUCAAUCGGGUAGUAGUGGCAGUUUCAGUGAUGCUGAUUUGGCGGAUGGAGUUUCUGGUGGGGAAGGAAAGGGAGGUCAGGGUGGUGAAACGCAUGCUGGCAGCGCCGGUAGCGGAAGUCCAGGAGGAGGAGGUCGUAGUGGUGGUGGUGGUACUAGUGGUGCAGGACACGGCGGUAGUGGUACUGAUGGUGCAGGGGACGCGCCUACCCCUGCCACCCCGUCCGUGCCGCCCGGCCUCAGAUGGCAAGAUGUCACGUGGUACACCCCCGCGAUCAUUCCCGCGGUGGUUGGUAUUGGGAUCAUUGCCUUUUUCCUCUGGAAGUAUUUUGCCCACCUGGCCAAACGACGACGAAUAUAUCGAACCGUUCGGGACGUGCCGUCACCGCCACUCGACGAAGACAUACUAGACCAUCUACAACGCGGCGAGCCGCCGCCACCCGAUUACGGCUACACGAUGAUUAGGGAUCGGCAACCUUCGUCAAUAUCCGGUAGAGGACGCCCACCACGCGUGAAUCGCCGCACAAUCAUCGAGCUACAUCUAGAAGUGCUCAACGAAUGUGAAGCCACCGAGUGGGAAAACGUCAAAGAGGACUAUUGGCAGAUUGUCGUGCAGCAGUUUGCACAGAAUUUGAUGCGGGACGACGACAGGCAUAACAAUAUCUUGGGUGUUUCUACGUCAGACCAGGGUUAUCCAGGGACCAAUGUUUCAUUCACCCUCAAUCCACCCAGUGACUCCGAACAAACGGACCCUUGUGUACCUAACGAAGAUAACCCCGAUCCAUGGAGUUGUAUGGAAACUAUACAGUUAGCAACGGGCCCUUGUCGCCCUAACGAAGACGACCCAUGGAGUUGUAUGGAAAACAUACAGCUCGCAACGGACACUUGUCCACCUAACGAAGAGGACCCCGAUCCAUGGAGUUGCAUGGAACCUAUACCGUUAGCAACGGACCUUUCUCCGCCUAACGACGCAGACCCCGAUCCGUGGAGUUGUAUGGAAACCAUACAGUUAGCAACGGACCCUUGUGCACCUCAUGCCUGCGAUCCAUGGAGUUGUAUGGACCCUAUGCAGUCAGCAACGGAACCUGGUCCACCGAAUGAACACGACCCCGAUCCAUGGAGUUGCAUGGAAACUAUACAAUUACAAACGGACCCUUGCCCACCUAAUGACCCCGAUCCAUGUCGUUGUAUGGACAACAUACAGUUACAACUGGACCCUUGUUCACCGAAUGAAGAUGACCCCGAUCCAUGGCGUUGUAUGGAAACCAUACACUUAUCCACGCAUCCUUGUCGCCCUGACGAAGACAACCCACAUCCCUGGAGGUGUAUGGAAACCAUACAGUUAGAAGAAGAGGGGACUCCUGCUCUCUUUCCAUCCUCUUCCGACCCCGGGAAUGCAAACCUGACCCCCUACCACACUACUUGGAUUAACUGGAUUGAACAACACAAACAUAUUUUAAGGGCGUGCACGACGCAGCCGUGGUUUAAUGCCCUCAAAUCGGAAUGGACACAAUACCUGCUUGCACACAUGGCGGCAGACGAAGACCACGGCGUAUCUGGCAACAGUGAACUGGGUGCAGCGGCCACCCCGCCGAUGAAGAAACUGGACUUGUGGAGACAGUGGAUAGCGCAACAACAUCGGCAAAUGCGUAUGUAUAGUGAGCAGGAGUGGUUUAAGCAUUUGUUGAAUACUGUACAGGAGGCGACAGUGUCGGAAAAAGGCGCAGUACCUGGAGUCCAAAAAGACGUAGAAGUGGAACAUGUAAUGGCCGAAGAAGAUAGAGUGGACAAGGACUUAGAAGUGGAAAAAGUAAUGGGAACAGAACACAUGCUAAGCGUGCGAGUUGCACCAUGCACGCAACCUAUGCAUAAGCAACUUUCCAUGAAAAAACCGUUAACUGCCACAUUAUGCAUGCUCCUGCUCGCGUCCGUAAUCGAAGCAUGCGAAAUCGAGAAUAGUCUGCAGGAUAAGGAGUUAUAUGUGGAUGCCCUAUUGGAGCAACUGUGA